AUGAUCCGAGCACGCCGUAAUUGCUCCCUUGAGACUGAUUUUUCUAGGGAAACAGUUGCUGUCGGCAACCGCUUGCGACAGCGUGGGUAUCCCAAUUGGUCCAGGGCAGAGAAGAUUGCUGAGGAGAGGAACCGUACAGACCUUAUUAAAAUGAACUACAUCAAACCCUUGCCUGGGGAAGUCAGCAAGCCCAUCAUCUUUUCAACUCAGUAUAGUACUGAAUUCAGCACUAUGAAGAGCUAUAGUCUUCAGUCUUCUUACUGUUCUCUAUUUUCUUGUAGGAUCCUUCAGGUCAGACUGGGAGAACACAACAUCGCUACCAGUGAAGGCACCGAGCAGUUCAUCAACUCCGCCAAGGUCAUCAGACAUGGAAGCUACAACUCCAGAACCCUGGACAAUGACAUCCUGUUGAUCAAGCUGGCCUCUGCCGCCACCCUCAACUCCUACGUCAAGGCUGUUGGUCUGCCCACUGGCUGCGCUUCUGCCGGAACCAGCUGUCUGAUCUCCGGAUGGGGGAACACCCUCAGCAGUGGAACAAGCAUGCCCAACCUCCUGCAGUGCCUGAACGCCCCCAUCCUGACCGCCUCCCAGUGUAGCAACGCCUACCCCGGAGAGAUCACCGGCAACAUGAUCUGUGUUGGAUAUCUGGAAGGAGGCAAGGAUUCCUGCCAGGGUGACUCCGGUGGACCCGUGGUCUGCAAUGGACAGCUCCAGGGUGUUGUCUCCUGGGGAUAUGGCUGUGCCCUCAGGAACUAUCCUGGUGUCUACACCAAGGUCUGUAACUACAACUCCUGGAUCUCCAGCACCGUUGCCACCAACUAAACAUCUACUUUAUUAUAGUUGUUUGUGUCUUUCUUUUGCUACUUUA